AUGGGCGUCCGCAUCUUCGAGGACCUGGGCACGGUCGAGAGCCGGCUGCUGCGGCUGGAGGUGGUGGUGCUGCUGAGCGCGAUGGUGCUGGCGGCGCUGGUGCUCUACGGCUCGACCCGCCGCCGGAGCAGCGACCGGCUCCUCCGCGGCGUCAUGUGGAUGGCCUACUCGCUCUCCUACGUCGUCGUCACCUACGCCGUCGGCAUCAUCCAGGACGGGCCCUUCCACGGCGAGACCUUCGUGCUGUGGGCGGCGGCGCUGCUGCUCAUCCAGGCCAGCGCGUACGCGGCGCCCGUGCACAGCCGCCGCGACGUGGACCAGCGGAAGAAGCUGCUGCUGCAGCACGUCCUCCAGACCGGCCUCGUGCUCUGGCUCGUCCUCAACGCCACCGGCACCAAUGCCAGCUACCGCGCCGCCAUCUGGGCCUUCUGGAGCCUCAACGUGCUCAAGACCGCCGCCAAGAUCGUCGAGAUGAUCAAGGCCAGCCUCCCCGACCGCUCCGUCAAGGUCGUCGCCGAGUACAUGGACGUCGAGGAGUCCCUCGCCGCCGCCCCCGACCAGCGGCCACCCGAUCCAAGGACAAUGACCGGGUACAAGUACCUCUUCCACGGCGAGGACACCAUGGAGCUGAACCACGAGUUCGGCCGCCUGUCCCGGGAGGAGAUACUGGUGCAGAGCACCUGCAAGUCCGUCGUCACCAUCGACCAGGUCUACCGGUGGAUCGACGCGCAGGGGUACAGCGACGUCGAGAAGGACAUGGCCAGGGACUUCUGCCUCGCGUUCGCACUCUUCAAGCUCCUCAAGCGCCGCUUCUACGGCUACGUCCCGGCGGAGGCCGGCUCGGCCAAGGCGCUGAGCCUCGUCCUGAACGGCCUCAUCCACCAGGAGCAGCACCCGCAGUCGCGCCACCACCACCGGGACAUUGCCACCGGCCCCGACGCCGCGUUCCGGGUCGUCGAGGCGGAGCUGGCCUUCCUCUACGACUUCUUCUACACCCGGAACAUCGUGCUGGUGGGCGUGAGGACGUACAUCUGCAUCGCCGUCGUCGUGCUGGCGCUGACCAUGUGGACGGCCUUCUUCGGCACUCUCGGCCCCGACUACCGCCGCCUCCGGAUCGGCGUCAAGGAUCUCGACCGCUCCGUCACGGUGGUGGUGAUCGUGAUCACCGCGGCGCUCGAGAUGUGCCAGGCGCUGGCGGCCUUCUCCAACAACUGGAGGUACAUCAAGACGGUGUACCGCUGCGUGCGCGACGGCCAGCCCUGGCAGAAGAAGCGGCGCGGCGGGCACCUGUGGUGGAAGGAGAGCCUCGCGCCGCCGGACGCGAGGUACUGGGAGGACAAGAUCGGGGAGUACGUGCUGCUCAAGCGGUUCGCCCACCGCCCGCUCAACCUGCUGUCGUGGCUAACGCUCUUCCUGGUGGAGCCGCGGCGGCAGGGCCAAAAGCGGGAGCGGAGGAAAGAGCUGCCGCCGCCGGUCCGGCGCGCCGUGCUCGUCUCGCUCAAGGCGAGCCGGGGACACCUCACUAAUGGCGUCUCGGCAUUGCGGAGGCACGGCCUGCUGCCGCGGCUGGCGUGGGCGUGCGAGUUCUCCAAGUCCACCGACCAGAUCCUGGUGUGGCACAUCGCCACCACGCGCUGCGACUGGGACAGGCGUCGCCGCGGCGGCCAACAUGGCGGCGACGAUAACACCGACGACCGCACCGACGAGCACCGGCUGGUGGCGACGAAGCUGUCCAACUACUGCGCGUACCUGGUGUCAUUCGUGCCGGAGAUGCUGCCGGACCCGAGCUACAACGCGGAGCAGAUCUUCGACACGACGGUGCGGCAGGCGCGGUGCCACCUCGCCGGCUGCAAGAACAAGGACGAGAUCCUCGCGAGGCUGCACAUGAUCGAGGCCGACGAGCAGAAGUACAUGGAGGGCGUGGAGGCCGGCGGCGGCGCGGAGGAGAGGGCGGGGAGCAGCACUAUCGUCGAGAAGGCGGCGCUGCUGGGCGGGCAGCUCGGGGCGGCCGUGGGCGAGGACGACAGGCGGCGGUGGGCGGUGCUGGCCGAGUUCUGGGCCGAAUUCCUGCUGUUCCUCGCGCCGUCGGACAACGUGGACAUCCACGCCGACGUGCUCGGCGCCGGCGGCGAGUUCAUGACGCAGCUGUGGGCGCUGCUCGCCCACGCCGGCGUGCUUGAGCGCCCGGCAGCCGGUGCCGCCGCGACGCGUGAUCGGGGUUAG